GUUAGGAGGGAAAUGAUGCACAUCUGACCACACCGAGCUCAAAGGAAGAUCAAAUACACUGGAAUGGUUUUUAAAAAAAGGCGUAAUCCACACUUCAAAGUGACAUUAUUGGUACAAACAAAAGCAUUUCGUAGCUGUUUACACCUUCUUGAAGACUGAUGGAAGUUGACAACUGCUUCAAAAAUCAGCUGCAUUCAUUGGAUUUUGUUAAGCCGAUGAGUUUAGUCAUGGAUGAUCGUGGAUCCCAGUCCCAUCCCCUGAGCUCUGGUCAGAGGGUGUCAACCAAAAGCAAAGCCCCAUCCCCACCAGGACUGGAUCCUCCAGGUUUCUCCCAGUGGCAUCCAGAAAACCCCCAUUUAAGCAUGGACCAGAAGGAGAACAUUUUGGAUAAAGAGCUCUCAAUGACUGUGGUUUUGCCUGGUGGAGUGGAAAAAAUGACAGUAGUUCAUGGAAGCAAACCUGUAAUGGAUCUAUUGGUGACACUUUGUGCACAGUAUCACCUCAACCCCUCGAGCCACACCUUAGAACUGGUCACUGCCAACAGGAACAACAUCAAGCUCAAACCCAAUGCUCUCAUAGGAACUUUGGAUGCAGAAAAGAUCCUACUGAAACCUAAGGGAGAAGAUAAAAAUAAGAAGACAGGGCCUCAGAUGCCUGAGGCCACUGUUCGGAUGGUAAUCAACUACAAAAAGACCCAGAAAACAAUAUUACGAGUAAAUCCCCGAGUCCCUCUCUCCGAACUCUUACCAGCAAUCUGUGAGAAAUGUGAGUUUGACACAGAGACCACAGUUCUGCUGAGAGAUGUCCAGUCACCGGCCCCUUUAGACCUGUCCAGUUCACUUAAUGAUUACGCAAUACGGGAGGUUUAUGCAAGGGACACAAAAGGACAACCUGCCUCUCCAUCGUGCCCAAGCUCACCAACAUCUGCUGGAGCAGUCACACCAGGCAAAGAUAAAAAUCAGAAGGAGAAAGAAAAUAAAGGCCUCUUCAGCAUGUUUAGAAAAAGCAAGAAAAAGUCAGAGCAGUCAACGACAGCCAGUGCCCCUGCUUCUCCUGUACUUGUGAGCAAGCCUCGACCCCUCAGUAUGGCCCUACCUUCCUCAAAUUCAUCUCCACUUGGCUCUCCCACAAUCUUUGCUGAUGCGCCAAAGAAGAGACGUGCACCCCAACCCCCCAUUGAUGUGUCUCAGAGCUGCCACUCGGACCUCGGCACCCGUCGGAGAAUUAAUUCUGAACCUAAUUCCCAACUUGACCGUGAUCAGAUCACUGGUGUUAGUCGAGGGUCCUCUGCAGAGUCCUCACUAAAGAGAACCAAACGAAAGGCUCCUCCACCCCCAACAUCUCCAACUACUGCUGUCCAAGAACCAGUUUCUCCAGAUGAAAAUUUCCAAGUGACUGCAGUUGCCAACACACUAGAGGAGAUAAUGGAGCAGGAAGAGACAGCGACUGUUUCUGUAAGGUCUGCAACUGCUGGUAGUUCACAGGGAGAGGACAACAGCCUCAACUUGUCGCCUGAAGCCUCGUUACAUUCCCCUUCUCCAGAUACUGAGACAGAGAGCACAAUGUCAAUGGAGGGCAGUGGGGAAGAUCAGUCUGUUGAUCUGUCCUCAGAUGGCAAUAAGCUGCAAAGCACACUUAAUGAUUCUACACCUGCAGUUGUGGGAGAAACUGAUGGCACAGACCCUUCAGAACAAGGAGCUACUGAAAAUGGUCAAUUUGCAGUAGAAGAUGUCCUUCCACAUCCCAUUUAUGAAGAGUCGAUAGCUGACAGUACUGAAGGUGGCUGCAGUGGUAGUGCCCUCCCUCUGCCUGUAACACAGGACGCAGAGGUGCUGGCCUUAGUUCAAGCAAACACUGAAACCAUGCGGGAGCUGACAGAUGAGUUGGAGGGUUCAUUGACCACCAGCGCAUCACGUCCCUCUGGAGAAGAUGCUCAAGUCCAAACGGAUUUCAUACGGUUCCCUGUGCCUCCACAGGAAUUCAUGGACAAAAUUCCUUCAUCAACAGAAUCGCCUGCCUUCGAAGCAGUGGGGAAAAAAGAUAUGGGCACUUUGACCGAGGAGCUGGAACCCUCUGACCUCAAACAUGCCUCGUCCCCCACCUCAGAGACCUCAUCAUGCCAAGACUCAGCACCAAGUGCCCCUGUUGUAACAAAAGUGCCAUCUAUGUAUGCUGCAGACUCUGAGCCAAAACCCAAGCCUUCCAAUGAGCUCACGCGGGACUACAUCCCCAAAGUGGGGAUGACAACAUAUACUGUUGUGCCACAGAAAUCUCUUGAGAAACUGAGAUAUUUUGAAGUUGCACUGACACUGGAAACACCCCCCGAAGCUUCAGCAGAGGGACUUGAUAUUUGUUCUCUUGAUUUAGAAGAGAAAGCGGGACAGAGGGACCAAACUGAAGUCUCAGAAGAAAAAGAGUUGAAUUUUGAUUCACCCAGGGAAGAUUUUUUGACAAGCACUACUAAUACUACUACUACUACUACUACUAGUACUACUUCUACUAUGAAAUACACUGUAAAUGGAAGUACACCUGAAACUACUCAUUCCUCAUCACCAACAAGUUUACACAGCACAGACAAGCUCUGCUCUUCGGUUAAUGGGGCGUCUCAAGCAGGUUCACCGUCAGAGGUCAAGGAGUUGAAAAUUCCACCCGCAACAAAACCUAAGCCUACUCCUUUCCGCUUGGCACAGCACAAAAAAACACCUGGGUAUUAUGUGACUUCAGCUGCAGAGAAAAGUCUUCAUUCCAGUCCUAGCUCUCCUGUGAGGGAGACUGAAGGGAAUGUAGAAAGAGACGCAUUGCCACCCCCUCCCCACCCACCUCCUGUGCAGUGUCAAGAGAAGACAGCAGGGGCCACUAAUGUCCAGCUGAGUCCCAAACAGGAUGACAAGAAUGCAACCUUCAUGCAAAUGACAAGGCAAAGCAGUCUGCCAGCAAGAGAGUCAAGCAUAGGGUUAAGCUUGGAAAAAUUAAGGAGCUUUACAGCUCCUAGACCUUAUUCUCCUACAACUCCAUCCCGCUUCGCCCAGGCAGUGUCCUCUGCUGUGAAAAGGAGCCAGUCCCUCUCCCAUGCCCCAAAGUCACCUCCGUUCACUGUGUCACCACCUGUUUCUCCAAUUACAAGUCACUCAUCAGUCUUAGAGUCAAAAGGAUUAUCUCAACUCAAGGACUGUGACAGUAGAGAGGUGGAUGGUGAUUGCUCCACUCUCCACAGAGAGGAGGUUGUUCAGAAGAGCAGAGAGGGCAGCCCGUAGUGGCACCUCAAUCCUCUGGUGGUAAAUCACUCACAGAGGAGCUCAUCCUGUCCACUCAGACCUCUCCAGAACCAUUUUUUUAUUUCUUUACACAAAAGAAGAAAGUUUCUUUUGUAAUACCUCUUUUUAGUGGUCUUCACCAGCGUGCAUAUUUUCUUUCUUUUUUUUUUUUAAAUAAUUUCUUUCUUACAUAAUUAUUCUUAUGUAUUUAAUGCCUCUUUUAUUUGAUGCAAUGUUGUGCAUUUAAUGCACAGUAUUGUGAGCAAUCAGAAAUGACAACAGUUCUAUAAAUUAUUUGAAUCAUCCCCAGAGCUGUAAUAUUAUUGGGUUUAUUAAAAAAAUUAAUAUCUAAAUAAUACUGGAUGUUUAAGAAAAGCCAGGUCUGAACUAUGGUAAAUAUUAGAUUAUUUUUCAGAUCUAUAUUUAAGUAUUACAGAUUUUUGAUUAAAUAUAUGCAGAAAUAUACUGCUAUGUACAGUGCACUUGUUCUUGUCCAUGAGUGUGAUAUGAAUAAAGCUUUUAUGCAGUCA